AAACUACUCAGGGGAGCUGUCCAAAAGAGCCGUGCUCCGGUUGAUGAUCGCUUUACGGCUGAAGGGCCGAAUCCGCUUCCGGAGUAGCUUUUCCGAACCCGUCGGCUUGUGGCCGCCCAGUGUAGCCAGGAGACGUGACGCUUCCCGUUCUGCGAUGGGAGGAAGCCGAUUGUGACAUCCCCCUCGCUCCCUGCCCGCCCCCUCCUCCCUGCCCGGGCAGAACGGGCCCCUCCGGGCCUGUCGGGAUGGAGGAGGAGAGCAUGGAGGAGGAGGGGGGCGGCAGCGGAGAAGGAGGAGGAGGGGGCGGCGGAAGCAUCAGUAGCAGCAGCAGCAGCUGCGAGGCCUUAAUGGACGACCAGAACCACAACAACUGGGAAGUUGCAGCAGAAGCUUCGGCAGUAAUAGGAGGGGGAGGCUACGGGCGGCCGCAGCCUAGUUCUCCGUCGCCCGGGGAGCUCCGCAGUGCGUGCGAGCACAGAGGCUCGCUCCCAGCUCGGGAAGAGCUUGAGAUCCACAUGAUGUCUGAGGCCGCCAACGCGGAAGAGAAGGGCUGCGAAGCCCCGCCAGGCAAAGGAGUGCCCGGAGCCAGCAUCAACCUCAAUACCAACCCCUCGGCCUCCAAGUUCUUAAUGAAUGUUAUAACAAUAGAAGACUAUAAGAGCAUAUUCUGGCCAAAGUUGGAUAGUGCCAUAGAUCAGCUUUUAACUCAGAGUCCUGGUGAUUACAUCCCCAUCUCCUAUGAACAAAUAUACAGUUGUGUGUAUAAAUGUGUGUGCCAGCAGCAUUCGGAACAGAUGUAUAGUGACCUAAUAAAAAAGAUAACUAACCACUUAGAGAGAGUCUCAAAGGAGCUGCAGGCCAGCCCCCCAGAUCUCUACAUUGAAAAGUUUAACAUAGCACUUGGACAGUAUAUGGGAGCAUUACAGAGCAUUGUGCCUCUUUUCAUAUAUAUGAAUAAGUUUUACAUAGAAACCAAGCUUAACCGAGACUUAAGAAAUGACCUUAUAAAACUGUUUACGGAACAUGUUGCAGAAAAGCACAUUUACAGCCUAAUGCCUUUACUCCUAGAAGCUCAGUCCACACCUUUUUGGAUAAACCCUUCCACUAUGGCAAACAUUGUCAAAGGAUUGUAUAUGCUUAGGCCAGAAUGGGUUCAGAUGGCACCAGCUUUAUUUUCUAAAUUUAUUCCAAACAUCCUCCCUCCUGCUAUAGAAUCUGAGCUUGAGGAAUAUGCUGCUCAAGACCAGAAACUUCAGCAAGAACUUAUUCAGGAAGGAUUUUCCAGAGGUGAUCAGUCCCGUAAAAGAGCUGGAGAAGAAUUAACCUACAAUGGUUCAUCAUGUGCAAGCUCAAGAGGAUGCAGAUAGUGACUGUGCUACGAGUAUUUUAUUUCUAAUAGGAAGAGGCACUGGAGUGGCAUUGGAAGGGAGGGUAUCCACACGCCCAGUUGGGCUUUAUUGGUACUCAGGUUCUUAGAUGCAAGCUAUAUCUAGAAGAGGAGUUUGGACGUAUUUCUUGCCAUGAAUAAAAUGUCCGUUUGCUGCUAUUUUGGGGCUAACUUGGAACAAUGUGACCAGUCUUGACAACUUCUUUGGCAAUCCUGUGAGGAAUAUACCUUCCUGUUGUUGUUUUUUAAAAAGACUAGUGCUUACUAAAACUUGGUAGCCAAAAAAAGCAGCUUCCUCUGAAAGAAACUUUGCACUUUUUUUAAAAAAAUGUGUGGACAUUGCUGAGCUUGUGCCCAUUAGGUUUUGUCUGAAACAUUUUUGCUUAGAAGGUUUGCCUCCUAGAGUCAGUCUUAUGCAGCUAACCCUUUACAUUCCAGGUAGAUAUUGUUUACCUGUUAAGCCCCCUCCCCGCCUUUUCCUUUAUGGUCAUUUUCAGAUCUCCAUUAGUAAGUCCUGUGCCUCCAGUCUCCUUGCUUUCAGCAUGUGUACUUUGCAGCUUUAUCGCUCUCUGAAGCUGUGAUUUGAUUAAACAUGCUGCAAAGUUUCAAGAUUUUCUUAUACCCCAUCACUUACAAACAGAGUGAAUUUUUUUUUAAUUUUUCCCUGUCCCUUUCCAUACAAAAAGUAUUAAUACAAGUCUCAACAUUAGUUGUAUUUUGUUGUUGGCUUCAGUAAUCAGUGCAAGAGAUUAAACUCUGGACAAAAUGCUAUCCCAACAUGUGAUUUCUGUUCAGAGUUGAAACAUAACUACACCCAAAUUAAAGGUUUUGGCAAGAGAAUGUGGGCCAGGUUAUUGGUUCACAUCUGCUGUGUUGUACUGUGGCAAUACAGAGGGAUUUUUCUAACGAUUUAAGUAAUCUUUUUUUUAAAAAAAAAUCCUUGUUAAUGGGUUGCUAUAAUAUAUUUAAAGAGUGUGGCUGAAACUUAGCUGGAGCUUACCUCUGGGUAGGAAGGUACUUUAGGUAAAUUUUACAUAUUCAUAAAAAUCUUGUACCCUUUUUAGAAGGUAAAUGGAGGGGGCUGCAUAUAUUUAAUUCACACAUAAAGUUUUUUUUCUCAACUCUUUGUUAAAGCUUGAACAUUCUGCAGUAGAUUGCACUGCGCUAUGGGUAUGAAUUUAUAUGCAGCAAUCUGUACCUCAUAAGAGAUGAAUGUGGAUCCCUGCUUUCUACUUCUGGUCUUGGACCAGAGGUACAUCACAAGGUGCUGCCAUUUCCCCCUCUGUGAAGAAGUACCAUGCAUGAGGAGAGAAUUAAGAGAUGCCCUUCUUUUUGUGUAUGUGGUAACCAGCUAGGAAAUACUUGGAACAAACCCAUUAAUAGAUUUAAGUUAGUCGCGAUUAAAGUCCAAUUAUUUCAUUGGGUCUACUGUAAGUAUGGUUUAGUUGGAUAUUGCCCAGUAAAUUUUCUUUAGAAAGGGUAGACCAUUCCUUGCUAUAAAAAGUGAGUGCAGAUGUAGUUUGCCAUUGAGAUUACAAAACCAAACUGGAUGCAGCUUUGAUGAGAAGUUAGUGCUCUGGGGAAGUUGGUUGUCAAUGAACUUUUAUUAUAAGUGUUGUGUCCAAGGAAGGCCAUGGAGAGAGAACUUUUGCAUUUCCAGAAAUAAGAGGCGGCAGCAAUCCUGAUUUGUAAGUUGAAAAAACAAUUUUUUACAUGCCUUUCCCACCAGUGUGCAAUGGCCACACUUAGAUUUCUUGUGCACAGAGAACCCUGCACAGUUUUGAAAUUUCAUUGGGUAGGACUAUGCUAUGGUGUGAAAGCAUUAUCUUAAAUAACAAAACUGGGAAAAAUCUUGGUUUGUUUAAAAAGAAGAACAAAACCCUUGGAAUAUCAGAAACCUUUUAGACUUGGUGGGAAAAUUGUGUUCUUAGUCAUGAUGCAUCUCUUCAAAGAAAAUAUAGCUAUAGGAGUGGCAAGAAAACAUCUUUCUAUCUUUUACAUAGGCUGUCCUUUUUUCUUUUGAUGUGCAAAUGAACCAUCUCUGUUUUGUUACAUUAGUUUAGAAUUCCCUGCAGAAGUAGAAAAGGACACUAGAAAAUCACAGAUCACAGAAUUUGCCUGUUAAUUUUUUCUUAUGCUUUUAAAAUUAAUUCCUCGCAUGUUCUUGGUUUGUUUGUUUUUAAAAACAAAAUAAGAUGAAAAGUACUAAGUGAGGGUUAUCAUAAUUUUGUUAGAGCAGAUUCUGCUAGCAAAGUCUCUGAUUUCCAUUAGCAAUAAUGGACUACAUAAGACCUGUUCCAGUGUAAUAUUUAAUGGUUCCAUCUUUAGGAAAUUGAUAGCAGUCUGUGGUGGCAUCCCAUUCCAUGGCCAUAAAUUUGCACACAGAUUUCCCAGUAAUUGAAUGGGAUGAGCAAGUAUGCAGUUAUGCCAUUAGAAUUACAUUAUCCCACUUGGCAUCUGUUCCAGGAAGGUGCUCCAUGUACCAGACCUCAGUUGCCCUUGAAGACAAAGUUCAAAUGGGGCCGUUCUGAUUUUCAGAUGGCCGUGUUGAGUAUCUGGUGGGAAAGAAACAUAAAUGCAAUCCUCGAUUUAAUGCAUUGAAGCAUCUGUGUGAUCUACACUCGCCCCGGUUGAUGGGUACACCAUAUGGAAAAUGGGGUUGGGGUGAUGUAUGUAUAGUUCAGUAGUUUUAGUAACCAAAACAGUAAAAUUGAAGAAAAUAAAGUCAACAUCCUGAUAUAAAAACUACUUACUUGCACAGUUGUGAAAUCAUUUUAAUGUUUUUUUUAAGGAUAGGUAGUAUGCUGCAUUGAGGUGGUUCCUGUUGCUUUAGCAUUCUCCCCAGAUUUCUCCCAUUCAUGCUUUAGGUAUGGAGCACAGGAUGGCAGAGCUGCAACUGCUACACCACUUUGGAAUCUGCUAGGGCAGGAACAUGUUAGAUUCUCACCGGCCCCAGUCAACAUGGCCAGUGGUCAGGGAUGACGGGAGUUGUAAUCCUAACAACAUCUGGAGGGCAACAGGUUCCUCACCCCAGUGUUAGUUUAGCAGAUGAGGACUGGAGCCAAUUGCAUGGAUCACCAUGCCUGCAGUCAUUCCAUGGGCACCAUGGCACUUGGGGCGGGGUCAUCUCUAAAAGAUGGAAACCUAGGGUUGUAUCCAGUGAAGUCAUCCCAUUAGCACAAGAGCUUCUGCCUGUGCAUUGGGACUUCCUCUCCCUUUCCUUCUGUGCCCCCCAAAUCUGUUCUGAGUGUUUUCCAACCCUGUGGAGCAGAUUUGGGGGGACACAAGAGGAGAGGAGCAGGAAGUCCCAUUGCUCAGAUGGAGAUACUUGCACUAACAUGGUAACUUUGUUGGAUGCAGCCCAUAUUGCUUGUACACUCCCCACCUAAUGUAACCACCGCACUGCAGAUCACCUUUUGAAUGGUAAAGAACUAGAUUACCCUGCCUGGUUGCUUUCAGAAUAAGGGUAGCAUGAGGGUCUUGAAACUAGUCUUGGGGACUAGAGAAUAAGAAGUACAGAAUAACAGGUGGAUGAUAACUAGUAAUAUACUUGCUACCAGUGGUCCUCUGCUGUUUGGCCCACUUUAUUUUGGUUUAGAGUGGCCACAGGCAAUAAAUCUGAAGGAUAAGCCAUCUAAAGCGCAAGUGAGAUUCUUGCUGUCACUGAAAGGUUACAAUUUAGUGAUAUUUUUAAGAAGAUUGUGCCUGGGAAAUAUGAUAGUUGUUUCACCGGAAAGGCCAUGUAGUUAGCCCUACAUCUUUGUGGCAUUUUAAGUUACCAGUGAGGUAUGCCCAGACAACAGGAACACAUAAGCAGGAAUGGAAUUCUGAACUGAUAUUUUGUUGGUAGACCUAGAGCUACCAGAAUCAAGUGGAUGGGAAUUUUAAAAUAAAAUAUCCUUUUGAUUUCCAAGAGUGUGCAGAUGUUAUUAUGUACUUAUUGGACUGCUGUUUUCUUAACUUGUUGCUCAUUUGUGAUUUGUAAAUAACCUGUAGAACGUAACUUCUGUUUCAGGUUAUAUAAUUUUUUUCACGUCAUUGAAUGUUGAGUCUUGUAACAUUACCUUUUAAAGCCAAUCCUUCUCUAAACAUUAGGACAAAGCCUUCCUCUAAUGUCAAUAUUCUACACAUUCUUUGAAAAAAUGUUUUAGCCCUAUGUAGCAUCUUGCCUGAAUCGGACCUGAGUACUUUUUGUAAAAAUAAAAAUGUUGUGUUAUGUUGUAAAUUAGUAUUAUGAUUUCUGUAUGUUUUGGCAUUUAAUGCUGAAAUCAUUUGUUUUCUUAUCUUCAAAGGGUUUUAUCUUUGUGAGCUGAGCAUGAAAGAACACAACAAAACAUAUGAAACAAUGGUUACUUAGUAAACUUCUUUCUUGGAAAAUCAUUGUGUUGGGUCUCUAAAGCCAUGACUUAACCAAAGCAGCAUGGUCUUAGCUAUGGUGCUUCUGUGAAUCAGACAACUUGCCACUCGUGUAUGUGUGUUUGUUUUUCAAAUGAGACCUAAAUGGCAAAGUUUAAUGCAUUAGGUGUCAUCUUAUAUAUCAGAUUUGUUUCUUGGGAAACUUGCUCUAUUAAAGUAUUUUUAGACAAACAUUUUGGUUCUGAAGUUUCUAUUUUUAACUUGCAUCCACUUAAUCAUAUUGGACCACCUGGCUGAGAGAAAUUGUAGUGGUUAGUUUGCAAUGGUGGCAUCCUACAUUGACUGCAGAAGUGCCCCAAGAAAAAUGGUAUCUGCCUUUGAAGGAUACUUCUGCAAUAAUCAACCAGAAAAAUACUGUAAACUGUUGAAUAUAUACCAUGUGGAGUGGACAUAGGAGUUGUAGGUUGUUCAAACUUUCUGCAUGUCAUUCACACAUAUGAGCAGGUUUUCAACAUCAGUCAUGUGCCUGGUUUUUUGAUGCUGAAUGAGAGCUAUGAAAAGUACUUUGCGUAUGUAGUGAUCUUUCAAUCUGCAUUUCUUUAGUCCCUGUUUUGUCUGCCAAACAUAAUUAUGCUAGUUUACAUUAGCUGGUAAUGGCAUAUCAGCUCAUAUUUGUGACCUAGCCAUUUCCCUGUUCAGUAGCUUGUUUGCUCAGAUAUUUCCACCCUCUGUAUGAGUACUCAUAAUUUAUAAAGCUGCAGGCUUGUUUUUUGUGGGUAGCAUGAUUUGUGUGCUGUGUCAUCAGGAUAGAUUAGGAUGGUUUUCCACUUCUGCCCUCCCCGUCUCCCAUGUAAUUAUAGUGAUUGCUCUUUCCUUCACUGAAGGAAUGGGAUAAUUAUGCAACUGUGUUCUCUAGAGGGAUCCCUCAUACAGUGGUGGUAGGAUUCUUUUCAGCGAGCAACAAAAAUACUGCUUGUCAAAAAUAUGAUGACCAUGGAAUACACUGCACAUGUACUGAUUCAAAAGAGAAGCUCAUAGCCUAGAGGUUACACAGAUCAAAAGAUCAUAGACUAGAGGUUCCACCAUGCAGUAAUUGUUAAAGUUGUUGUACAAUUAUACCAGGACUCAUUAGCUGUGAACUUAGUGGGUUGGCUUGUAUAAGCCACCAUUUUAGGAAGAAAGGAACCUACUAACUUAUUUAAGGAAUCUAGGAGAAAAGAAUAUGAUGAGAGAGUGGCUAUGUGAUUGAUUUCUUGUGUACCCUAAAGUCUUGACAGAGUGGGAAACGGUUCAAAUUCCAGAGUUAUAUGUGAUGGUAUAUAUAUAUGGUAUUCACAUCUAACCCAAUUUCUCUGUUUCAUACGUGUGCAUGCUUACACACUUCUUUAUAUACUAGGUUGAAAGGUGAAUACAGGUGUCCCCACUAUAUUUCUUUUAAUGACCCUCUCCUUAAACCAGUGCUUCCAUUAGGCCCUGUCCACAAGUGAAGAGGUGAUGGUAGAAGGGAGUGUUCAGAAAUAGGAUGUAAAGAAAUGGGACUUGUGACAAAACAUUGCAGUGGAUUUUUAUGUACAUGGACUUACCUUAGCUCUUGAUAUGGGGUGAAAGCAGUUUCUCUUCAUUGGCAGAUUGACUGGUGGUGAUGGUGCAUUAGAUCAUGAAGAGAAGGUGUUGUUGGGAAGUGGGGGGUCCAGUAGAGGUAAAGUUCUUAGUAAAAAUUAUUUUAAGUAAACCCUUGAAUUUUUCUUGGGCAGCCUGAUACACAAGCUUGUUAACAGUAGAUAAUCGUUUGUAACUGAAGUCAGUUUCUGUGGACAUGUACCAGAGAUGAAAGCCUGUUGAAAAUAGUGAGAUUUGGUUUUGAGCAAACAUUCAUUGCUUUGGGUUGCAAAUCUGGUUUUGGUUCCAUUGUUUCAAGGGAGCUGCAUCAGCUCUACUUCAAAUUCUAGAGCUUAAAUAAUUUAUGAAUUGAGCCAUAAAAUUAUUCAGAAAAAGUUUAGGGAAGAGAUCCUAAAAUAUCUGUAGGUUCUUUCUCUGACCCUAAUUGCAUGUGUACUUACCCAGGAGCAAGUCAUAUUGAACUAAGUGGGACUUGCUUCCUAGUCUAUCUUCACAGGAUCCGACUGUUAGUAAACGUUUUCAAACUUGGGAUCCAUCUUUAAAACUUUACCAUCUAUGCCAGCCUUUCCUUGUAGGCAUGAGAGACACAAAGGUCAGAAAUAAUUGAGGGACACUCAGUCCUUAUUGCUUCCAAACCAGCUAAAUAUAAACUGAAAAUCUUAGAUUGACAAGGAAAUAAACUUGAACCUGCUGCAGGGCUUACUUAGCUUAAUAAUAAGAGACUUGUAAAAAGCACAUCCAGCACCUUCAGAUAAGAAUACAACAGCAAGAAGCCAAUUGGGAAGUCUCAGCCUACCCCUUUCAAAUGCCAUUUGGAGGCCUACUCUCCCACUUGUUCACUGCUCUCCUACAGACCUUUGCUAUUCAAAAGAAAAAAUGAUGCCAGGAGUGUCUGUUCAGGGUUCAAGCUACCACCUUAUUUCACUAUCCCUGUUUUCAGUUUUCUCCUCCUCCAAACAGUAUGUCAUGCUUACUGGGCUUAUUUGGGCAUCAGUGGGCUAAUUUUGAGUUUUUUCCCCAGCAGUUCUGGGGACAAUCACAGCUACACUAAAAUCCUGGAUUUCUCCUUUGUUUUUUGGGGCAUCUCGGGACAUCUUUAAAAUAGGUUUUUAUAGUGUAUACCAGGCAAUGAUCUAUCCAGACAAUGAGAUGAUUCUCUUCCCAUUUUGUAUCUCUGUCUUUUUCUGCAUCCUCCUUUUCCAGUCAUUCCAUUUCAUUUCCCCUCUCACCCAGUUUUCUGUUUUGUCUCAACAGUUCUGUAGCCAUUGAGCAUGCUCAGUCCCCAUUUGGCUAGGUUUCCCAUGCACAUGUACGUAUGUGUGUGUCCCUCUUUAGCAAGCCUCAGUAUUACUGUAUUCUUGCUGUUUUGCUAUAUAAACAAUGGCAUCUGAAGAACUAGAAUGGCAGUAAAUUGAACUUCAGGAGGAAGGAUGGAAUAUAAAUAUAAUAAAAAACAAUAAAUUAGUACAGCCACAAACCCUCUGUUUAACUAAUCUUACAUGCAGUGACAUUUUAGAAAAGAAAGCCAAUCCAUGAUGCCACGCACAAGCUAAGUUUCAGAAAAAUGCAACAUGAGUUUUUCCUUGACCUCGUGAUAAAUGACAAUGCCAACAGAUUUGAGAUAAAAUGAGUGGGUUGGUGAUAUAAGCAGGCACACUGAUGUAUCUGGAGCUAUUGACUCCCCUCUGAUUUCUUGGUUCUUCUGAAAGAAAAAAUUGGGAACAAAUAAAUUUCAGCAGUGUUGAAGAAUGGAGUUUGUUAUCAAGAAGAAUUAAAUAAAUGGAGAUGGGUAACAGCUUAUAUAAAAAGAGAACUGGAUAUUUUAGGUGUUGGUGUAGAGUACAUGUUAUAAAAAAUUAGUUUAAGAAAA